AAACGGAGAACAACGAAAAACCAAAGAAAUAAAGACACAUUCCACGUCUUUGAAUUUGGUCCGUGUAAAAUACAGGACACACAAAAGAACACGAACCCUGAACAGUUCCUACUACUCCUAUACUAUAUACAUUUCUCAAAACGAAUACAGAUUUUAGUUUUCCUUUUUUCCAAAUUAGGGUUUUUCUUUUCUUUUUCUUUUUGAGAUACUUCAGUAUUUCUUUUUAAAAAAAUGGCUAAUACUUAUUAUACUGCUGAAACUUCCUUUAAUGGAGAAUUCGAUGAUGUCGAAGAUUUUGUUUUGGAAGAUGAUGAUAAUACUUCGCGAGAACGAUUAAAUCAGAUUAAUGAUUUAAUGCAGAAGGGUAAUAAAGCUUUUCGUGAUAAUCGUCUUGAAGAUUCAAUCACUUGUUACUCUAAAGCUCUCGGUCUCAAGCCUGGAGAUCCAAUUAUUCUAAGCAAUAGAAGUGCUGCUUUUACCAGGAUUAGCACAUUUUUGAAAAAUAGAUCUGCUGCUGAUUCUGAAUACCGACCAGUGAAUGGGCUAGAUCCUACAACACAUGCUGAACUUGCAUUAAAGGAUGCGGAGAAGGCUAUAAACAUACGAAGUAAUUCUGCAAAAUCAUAUUUUCUGAAGGCCAGUGCUCUCAUAUUGCUAGAACGAUAUGCAGAUGCACAUGAAACUCUGCUUUGCGGGCUUCAUAUUGAUCCUCUCAGCAACCACCUUCAGGUAUCCCUCCGUAACUUGGAGGCGAUUUCGGGCGGUUCAACGAGGAGGAUAGAACAUGGGAAACCCCAACGUACCGACGAUUUCGAUUGCACAGUUUGCUUAAAGUUGUUAUUUGAGCCGAUAACAACUCCCUGUGGGCAUUCUUUUUGCCGCGGUUGUCUGUUUCAGUCUAUGGAUCAUGGAAAUAAAUGUCCUAUGUGCCGGACAGUACUUUUCAUUAGUCCUCGUACUUGUUCGAUCAGUGUGACACUCAAUAACAUAAUACAGAAGAACUUCCCAGCAGAAUAUGCAGAGAGAAAAUCAGAAAACGAGACUUUGUCAAACAUGGGCGUUCAUCUGUUACCUCUUUUUGUUAUGGACGUAGUCCUACCAUGCCAAAAGUUAUCACUAAAUAUAUUUGAACCCCGGUAUAGACUGAUGGUGAGAAGGAUAAUGGAAGGAAAUCAUCGGAUGGGAAUGGUUGUCAUUGAUUCAGCAACAGGUUCUAUAGCUGAUUUUGCUUGUGAAGUGGAAAUAACUGAGUGUGAGCCACUUCCAGAUGGACGUUUUUAUUUAGAGGUUGAAGGACGCCGAAGAUGUCGUAUCCUCCGGUCUUGGGAUCAAGACGGGUAUCGUGUUGCCGAGGUUGAGUGGGUUCAGGAUAUUGGUCCACUGCAAGGGACAAGAGAAUGGGAAGAUUUGCAGGCAACUACUAGUGAUGCUGCAGAUCUUGCUUGUUCAUUGAUAAGGUGUGCGAAAGAUGCAGCACGGGCAGAUAGGAGAUCAAGGCGUUCAGCAGUUUUACAAGCCGAAAGAAUGCCUGGACCACAAGAUCCUGAGCUUUUCAGUUUCUGGCUUGUUAAUUUAGUGAACCUGAGGCCAUCAGAGAGACUGGAUCUUUUGCGUCUAAGAGAUAGUCGACAGAGGAUACAGCGAGGACUUGUACAUUUGAAAGCUCAAGAACAAGGCUGCAGUUCAAAACAAGAUUUGAUGAUGGGAGGAGAGAAAAAUGGAGCCGGACAAUGUCAUCGUCAACACAUUUCCUCUCUCUCCUUUCUCCUCCUCAUUUUUCUGCAUUUACAGUUUCUUCCAAAACUAAUGGCGGCCAAAGGUGGCGGUUCUUCUUCUCCUUCAUCUUUCACACCUGGGGACAAUUAUCUGAUUGAUUGUGGAUCACCCCAGCCUACAAAAAUCGACGAUCGGACAUUCAAGUCAGAUAAGCAAUCUGCUUCUUUACUCUCAACGGAAGAAGAUAUACAGGUUUCCGUUCCAGUUUCAAAUGUCAAUAUUACCAGUUCCACUUCUUCUUCUUUAUUACCUUUAUAUCUUACAGCAAGGGUGUUUAGCGGUGAAUCAAUGUACAGUUUCUUCAUCUCCCACACAGGUCAACAUUGGCUACGUCUAUACUUCUGCCCGCUUCCGCACCCCUCAUAUAAUCUAACAAGUGCUGUGUUUAUUGUUACCACCGAUGAAUCUGUCCUACUGCAUGAUUUCAAUGUACCCGAUCAGAAUACAUCAGUGUUCAAGGAGUAUCUGAUAAACAUUAACUCAGAUAAAUUCUCACUUAAAUUCUCGCCGAAGAAGAACUCCUAUGCGUUUAUCAAUGCUGUUGAGCUUGUCUCUGUCCCUGACACACUGAUCCCUGACUCGGCUACUGCGGUGUCUCCGCUUGCUGAAUUUAGGGGCUUGUCUAAUUAUGCACUCGAAGUAUGCUACCGCUUGAAUGUUGGCGGUGCAACGAUAACACCCAUGAAUGACACAUUGGGAAGGGUAUGGUUACCUGAUAAAGGGUUUCUGAAGCUUCCGGAAUCGUCAAAGAGUGUCUCUGUUGCUCCAACUGCUGUUAAAUAUCCAGGUAGUGGUGCAAGUCCAUUAAUUGCACCGAAUUUCGUUUAUGCAACUGCAAAGGAGAUGGGAGAUUCAGCAACUGUAGACCAAAAUUUCAAUCUCACAUGGGAAAUGAAGGUCGAUUCCACAUUUUCCUACUUAAUCCGUUUGCACUUUUGUGAUAUCGUAAGCAAGAGUAUGAAUGACUUAUAUUUUAAUGUUUACGUCAAUGGAUUAAUGGGUGUUCAAAGUCUUGAUCUUUCAAGACUUACAUCAGCCCUUUCCACCGCUUACUACAACGAUUUUGUGGCAAACGCAUCAUCCAUCUCUAAUGGAACUAUCCGGAUACAAGUAGGUCCUCCGAAUACGGACUCUGGAACCAUAAAUGCAAUUCUUAAUGGUCUUGAAGUCAUGAAGAUGAGCAAUGAGGCAGGGAGUUUGGAUGGUUUGUACAAUGUUCAAGGAACACUUGUAGACCCAAGUAAAGGACUCAGUCCAAUGAAGAUAGUCUCAAUCGUUGCUCUAGUCGUAGCUGUUAUUACAUUGGCUUUUGUUGUGAUGGUUUUCUGUCGCUGGCAAAAGAAGCCUCCAGACUGGCGCAAGUCUCGCAGCUUCUCUUCAUGGCUUCUUCCUCUCCAUGCAGGCCAAUCCACCUUCAUGAACUGCAAAAGUGGAUCUCGCGGGGCUUUCCCGGCGGGAACAAACAAGAGCAAGAGCAAGAGCGGUCACUCAAACUUUUACCCUCCAACACUUGGCUUAGGCAGGGUCUUCAGCUUGGCCGAGCUGCAAGAAGCAACACAAAAUUUCGAUGAGAAAGCUGUGAUUGGUGUUGGUGGCUUUGGCAAAGUGUACAUUGGCGAGCAAGCGGACGGAACUAAACUUGCUAUAAAACGAGGUAAUGCCAGUUCCGAUCAGGGAAUCAAUGAGUUCCAGACUGAAAUACAGAUGCUUUCAAAGCUGCGACACCGCCACCUUGUAUCGCUUAUUGGAUACUGUGAUGAACAGUCAGAAAUGAUACUUGUUUAUGAGUACAUGGCGAACGGUCCACUUCGCGAUCAUCUUUAUGUCUCCAAUCUUCCUCUUUUAUCCUGGAAACAGCGUCUUGAGAUUUGCAUUGGCGCAGCUCGUGGACUACAUUACCUUCAUACUGGUGCUGCUCAAGGAAUCAUUCACCGAGAUGUCAAAACCACCAACAUUCUACUGGAUGAGAAUUUCGUAGCGAAGGUUUCAGAUUUCGGACUCUCUAAAGCUGCACCCACUUUGGAGAAAACUCAUGUCAGUACUGCAGUUAAAGGUAGUUUUGGGUACCUUGAUCCAGAGUACUUUAGGUCCCAAAAGCUGACAGAAAAAUCUGAUGUUUAUUCUUUCGGGGUAGUUCUAUUAGAGGUUUUAUGUGUAAGACCUGCAAUAAACCCUGCAUUGCCAAGAGAACAGGUUAACUUGGCAGAAUGGGCGAUGCAAUGGCACCGGAGAGGUCUGAUAGCAAAAAUAGUCGACCCCUUAAUUGCUGGAAGUAUACAUACAGCUUCCCUGAAGAAAUACAUUGAAGCUGCAGAAAAAUGCUUAGAAGAUUAUGGCGUGGAUAGACCUACAAUGGGAGAUGUGCUGUGGAAUUUGGAGUAUGCGCUACAACUUCAAGAGUCAUCAUCGAGACCCAGUCAUGCGGUACCGGAUGAGAACAUCUCCAAGGUCAUCGUAGUGGAAGAAGAUUCAAGUAGCAAGGACACUAACACACCUCCGGUCCCCGCUGAUACCAGUGACAUAGAACUGACAGCUGAUCCUCCUGUGUUCUCUCAAAUUUCUAAUUUUCAGGGAAGGUAGCAACAGUAUAAAGAA